AUCCCAGCGCUCAGACACAGGCAGAGAUUUUUCCAAAAUGCGCCCUCUUCACCCACCCACUCCCACCCCUGUGCUGCCACCUGAAACCUCAGGACCCCAGGAGCCUGUGCCACGACCCGCUGGCACAGAGCUUUCUACCAAGCGUCUUAGUUUUAAAGUAUCAUUGUAACUUUGGAGGUAAGUGUUGUUAUAAUGCUCACCUUACACUGAGGAAGUUGAGGCCCCCAGAGGCCCAGAAGCUGCCCAGGGUCGCCAAGUGUGAAGCUAGGAUUUUAAGCCUGGAGUCCUCACUCCAGAAACUGCGAGGAUACAUUCACAGCCCCUGCAGGGAGAACACUCUGGUCACGAUUAGAGCUCUAGUGGGCAUUCAAUUCACCUGCAGAGGCGGACGGCCCAGCCACACCCACCUCGACUCUCGGGCCCCGCCGGCCCGGGCCCCGCCAGCGGUCGAUCUUACGCUCCAAGAAGGUGUUCACCUCUAAAGUAAGAACGCUAACCCUUCAGGAGUUAAGACCUAAAUCCUACCAUUCAGACCCAGCCACUUGCUUUGAGUUUUGAUGAAGCCUCGUUGAAAGAUGAUCCCUGCUGUUAAGCUUUUAUCGGUGAUGAGUUCUCCAGGUGAACGGAUUUCUUAGACCUUUGUUAAGAGCAGAUUUUCGUGGAUAUAUUAGACCGUCUUGGAGCUCUAAUGACAGAAAUGCAGCGGGAACUUCGUCUACAUGGGCCAAAGGGGCACCUAACUGGCUGGCUCUGACCCACGCAAGGCGGAGGUGCAGGGCUCUGCGCUGGCUUCCCUCUUUGUUCUGGCUGGAAAUAUGGUCACCAGAGCCGCAGGCCCACCCCUCCCAGCUGUACUUCCCACAGGGUCUGAGGGUCACAGCUGGAGGGUUCACCGCCCGGGCCUGCUGCCUGGCCUGGGCCCCCUUGCCCGCCACCCCCCACGCCAUGCUCAGAACCUCUCAGGGCCCCAAGCCUGGCAGGGGGGCAGAGCUGGUCCUCCGGGCUGGCCUGGGGUACAGGGCGGGGCCUGUGAGGUGGGCACAGUGGCCCUCGGCACCCCGGCUUCCCCAGGACCGGUCCCCAAACUCUCCCCUCCCCCGCUUUGGUGCAUGGGAACGGCUGGUUUCCCAGUAACUCCUGCUUGUAGGAUAAACUCCCAUCUUUGUGAACUUGGCCGUCUCUGACCUGGACCUUCCUUCGGUGCUCUUCGCUGAUGAACAGGGUUGGUCCUUACUGAGGGGCCGGGUUGUUGUUUAGACCAUGUUGCAGCCAUGGGCCUGAACAUCCAGGGAGGAGCUUCAGGGCACAGACGCUCUGCGUGCCUUUCCUGCUCUCAGAAGAGCCUCCCAAGUUUGUGUCCCAGAAAAGUGAUUUGUGGUCCAGGCCCGGCUUAAGACCGCCUUCUCCAAGAAGCUUUCCCUGACUUCUUCAGCCCUCUUUGAGACAGCAUUUGUCGUGUGUCCUGCACCUGUGACAUGAGUUGCUGUUUAUCCUCUAAAGUACAGACCAUGUCUUGUGAGCCACUAUCUUCAAGAAGCGAGAGCAACCCCACUGUUCCCUCUUGUUUACUGGGGUCUGGGUAAGACUUCAUUUGCCCAGAGAUUUCUGCAGUUUAGCGGGGAAGGUGGAUGGAGUUCUGCAAAGAACCGCAGACGCCAUCGCUGUCAGGCCCUAACCUGCACAAGUCCAGGGCUAGAGGCAGAUCAUCUCAGCCCUCCUCGAAGCAGGAAGAGAGGGGGCUCAUCAGAAGGUAUAGGAUGAAGAGAAACAAGGCCCUGAGGAAUUUCAGAAGUGAUGGAGCCAACGUGCAGUGGCCCCAAGUUCCCAGACCAGGGAGUGCGCCCCAGCUCACCAGUGACAGCCCGGCCCCGGCAUCACCUCCACCCGAGGGCAGCGGACACUCGGCCUUGACUGCUGUCCAGGUGGUGACCUUUGACGCGGGGGGUGUGAGCGGCCACAGCAACCACGUGGCUCUGUAUGCGGCUGCCAGGACCCUGCACGCACAAGGGAAGUUACCUAAAGGGUGCUCAGUGCUCACGCUUCAGUCUGUGAACCUGCUGCGCAAGUACCUGUCGCUGCUGGACCUGCCCUGCUCCCUGCUGUGUGCCCGCGAUGCCCUCUUCGUGCUCAGUCGCCGAGAGGCGGCCCAGGCCCAGAGAGCCAUGUCCUGCCACCGCAGCCAGCUGCUCUGGUUCCGCCACCUCUACGUGCUCUUCUCCCGGUACAUGAGAAUCAACUCUCUGCACUUCCUCUGAGCCAGGAAGGGCUCUCAGACCCAAGGAACAGAGAGAAAAAUGGCCAGGGAGCCCAGGGUGUGUCUGGAGCGGCUCAUCUCCCUGAGACAAGGAGAUCCCAGCAUAAGACUGAGUCCCGGCCCCUCUCCUCCAAGCUGCCCGGCCUCUAAGGAAAGGGAGGCCCUGCAGGCCACCGGGCUGUCCAGAAUUGAGCUUCUUCCUGUGGGGAGCAAAUCCACAACCACCGGAACACACACCACCCGAGGACAACAGCCACCCUGCCGGCUUCUCAAGCGCUUGUGCAAGACAGUUUACAUAAAGCACAAUGUAUGUCAACCCCCUAACACAGACACGCAAUUGUCGUAAAUGAAUGUAAAGUGCUCUGAAAUCCCUUCUUAAAUGCAAUGUAUUUUUACGUUGUUUCCAAAGCAGCCUCAUCAGACAUAAACACACACAAAAGAAUGGUCUAGGGCUUCCUUGGUGGUGCAGUGGUUAGGAAUCCGCCUGCCAAUGCAGGGGACGCAGGUUCGAGCCCUGGUCCGGGAAGAUCCCACAUGCCGUGGAGCAACUAAGUCCGUGCGCCAUACCUACUGAGCCUGUGCUCUGGAGCCCAUGCGUCUAGAGCCCGUGCUCCACAACAAGAGAAGCCACCGCAAUGAGAAGCCCACGCAGCGCAGCAAAAAGUGGCCCCCGCUCGCCUCAACUAGAGAAAAGCCCAGUGCAGCAACAAAGACCCAGUGCAGACAAAUUAAUUAAUUAAUUAAAUUAAUUAAUUUAAAAAAAGAAGAAUGCUCUAUACUGAAUUAGUUCAACCAUAAUUCCUUGGAUUUAUCUUCGUGGCCUACAUAUCAGAUUUGAAUCUAGGGAAGACAUGUCCGUUUAACGGCAUACAAUCAAAUAUCUCACUAUCAGUCUUUUGGGAGAAGCAGGAAAUAGGAAGAGAGAUCUGGAGCUUAACACUCAGGAACCUAUGUCCUAAAAUGGUGCUACAAAUAAAAGGGCAGCAAGGGGUCUGGCUUGGAAGCUAUUCCGAGUCCAGCUGGUGGUCCAGGAAGUGGCCCAAAGAGGGGAAGCUCCAAUUCAGAAAGAGAGAAGACAAACGUGCCGUUACUGGGAACAGAAUGGAUAGGACAGCCACAAAAAUGGAAGAGACUGGGAAAACUAUAGGAGUCCUGCACAGUCCAGGACAACAAAACUGAAAAUCGAAAGGAAAUGGAUGACUUCCGAGUACAUGUUGGACCACCGCCAGACCCUACCAUAAUGUCACAGAUAGGGUCCAAACACUUCAAUCCCAUAAAACGCAGGGUUGCAUCACUGCAAGAUGAGUGACAACCAGUUUUUUUAAUCUUCCCAGGACUCAGCAUCAAGCUAGUGCACCCAAGACCUGAAGGAGGUCAGCGUUCCUGGGCAGGUGGCUGUCCUGCUUUCUUGGCCGCGUCUAGGAGUGAGGGAGGGACACCUGUGGAGCAAGAUGCUCGCGACCAAAGGCGUGGCAGCAGUGGGGAGAGGCAGAGGAGCCAGGCUCUGCAAGGGGCUGGACCCCCAAUGGACCGAGGCUGGCGUGGUGGCUGUCUCCGUCCACUGGAGAGCUGCACACUGCUGCUUUUGUUGAGCCCUUGCAAAGUAAAAAACGCUCUCCUUAAACUGAGAGAGUCCCAUCUGGGGGUCGCCUCCAAACCCCCUUCCACACCCACACCCCCAGUACAGCUUUGGCCACCCACAUUUGAGAAUAGGAACUAGGGAACAAGAACUGGAUUAUAUCCAAUGGUGGGCACCUUAUUAAUGGGACUUUACAUGAAUACAAUUGACUUAAAAAGUGAAAGGGAACAGACCCAAUAACCACAGAAGAAAUUAGAAAGGUAAUUAUAACAGAUUUUUUAAAGAUUCCUAGUCUAGAUGGUUUUGCAGCUAUCUAAAAAUAAUUCCAAUAUUAUUUAGAGCAUAAAAUAGAAAAGUACUCCAAUUCACAGACAAGAUAACAAAACAUGAAAUAGCACCAAAAAAACCCCUGACAAUUUUAUUUGUGAAUAUAGAUGCAAAAGUAUAAAAGAAAAUAUUAGCAAACUGAAUCCAGCAGUGCAUCAAAAGAAUCACGACUCCAUGACCAAGCAGGGUAUUAUUCCAGAGUGUAAGAAUGGUUCCACUUUGGGGAAUCCAUCAACAUAAUUCAUUACAUCAACAAAUUAAGAAGAAAAACCAUAUUCUACGCACAGGCGCCGAAAGAUAACAAAAUUCAGUCACUAUGCCUAAUAACAACCUUCAAGAAAAAUAGGAAAAAAGAAUAGAGUAAAUAUAAUACAGACUGUUUACCAAAAUCUAGCACCUAAAACCAAGUGGACAAGGUAGAAAGGUAAGCUGCCACCGUCGUGAUUAUCAAGGUUGCUCUGAAGGGUGAAGCUGACGAAGUAGGACAGAACAAGAAAAUAACUGAUAUAAGUAUUAGAAGAGACAGCUGUGUUUAGAAACCCAAGAGAUGUCCAUAAAAUCUACUAAAUGAGGGAAUCUGGUAAGGCAGCUGGAUAAUAGGUAUCUUUACAAAAAUCAAUAGACUGUCUUUAAUUGGCAAUAAUGUGACAGAAAUGAAAACGGGGGAAAAAAUCCCAUUCUCAUCAACUUCAAGAACUAUAAAAUACCUAGGAAUAAGCUCAACAUAAAAGAUAUAAGAUCUGUCUAAAUUUUUUUUUUUUUUACAGUACGCGGGCCUCUCACUGUUGCGGCCUCUCCCGUUGCGGAGCACAGGCUCUGGACGUGCAGGCUCAGCGGCCAUGGCUCACGGGCCCAGCCGCUCCACGGCAUGUGGGAUCCUCCCAGACUGAGGCACGAACCCGGGUCCCCUGCAUCGGCAGGCGGACUCUCAACCACUGCGCCACCAGGGAAGCCCCGAUCUGUAUAAUUUUAUAAUCACUAUUAAAAUUCCAGCUAUCUUUUUUGCAGAAACUGACAAAUUGAUCCUAAAACAAUAUGGAAUUGCAAGAGCCUCAGAAGCCAAACCAUCUUAAAAAAAGAACCAAGUUGUAAGACUCACAUGCCCCAAUUUUAAAAGCUACUACAAAGACCUAAAUUUAAGAGCUAAAACUAGAACUCUUAGAAGAAAACACAAAUGUUAAUCUUUGUGACCUUGGAUUAGGCAACAGUUUCUUAAAUAUGAUACCAACAGCACAAGCAACAAAAGAAAAAAUAGAAACCUUUGUACAUCAAAAGACACUAUCAAGAAAGUGAAAUGGAGGCUUCCCUGGUGGCACAGUGGUUAAGAGUCCGUCUGCCAAUGCAGGAGACACGGGUUUGAGCCCUGGUCCGGGAAGAUCCCACGUGCCACGGAGCAACUAAGCCUGUGUGCCGCAACUACUGAGCCAGGACUCUAGAGAGCCUGCAAGCCACAACUACUGAGCCUGCGCGCCUAGAGCCUGAGCUCCGCAACAAGAGAAGACACCGCAAUGAGAAGCCUGCUCACAGCAACGAAGAGUAGCCCCCGCUCACUGCAACUAGAGAAAGCCCACGCACAGCAAUGAAGACCCAACGCAGCCAAAAAUAAAUAAAUAAAAUAAAUAAAUUAAUUUUUUUUAAAAAGUGAAAUGGGAAAAAGUAUUGGCAAAUCAAAUAUCUGAUAAGGACCUAGUAUCCAGAAUAUAUAAACAACUCAACAACAAAAAGACAACCUAAUUAAAAGAUGGGCAAAAGACCUGAAUAUACAUUUAUCCAAGAUUUUCAAACGGCCAAUGAGCACAAGAACAUCAUUAGUCAUUAGGAAAUGUCUAUCAAAACCACAAUGAGGGGACUUCCCUGUUGGUCCAGUGGUACAGAAUCUGCCUUCCAAUGCAGGGGACACGGGUUUGAUCCCUGGUUGGGGAACUAAGAUCCCACGUGUGGCGGGGCAACUAAGCCUGCGUGCCACAACUAGAGAAGAGAAAAGCCGCACGCCACAAAUAGAGAGAAGCCCGCGCGCCACAACAAGAGAUCCCGCGAGCCACACCUAAGACCCGGCACAGCCAAAAAACAAAAACAGAACAAAACAAAAAAAUGCAAUGAGAUACUAUUUCACACCCAGUAGAAAGGCAGUGAUUAAAACAAACUAACACAGACAAUAACAAGUGUUGGUGAGCAUAUGGAGAAAUGGAACCCUCGAACAUGACUGGUGGGAAUGUAAAACGGUGCAGCUGCCGUGGAGAACAGUUUCGCUCUUCCUCAGUCACUUAAAGAUUUACCAUCAGACCCAGCAAUUCCACUCCUAGGUAUACACCCAAGAAAACUGAAAACGUGUCCGUACAAAAACUUGUGCACGAGUGUUCGUAGCAGCAUUAUCCAUAACAGCCCAAAAGUGGAAACAACCCAAAUGUCCAUCAACUGAUGAAAAGAUAAAUACGGCAUUUUGUGUAUUAUUCAGCCAUAAAAAGAAAUGAAGUGUUUGACACAUGCUAUAGUGAGGAUGAACUCUGAAAAACAUUAUGCUCAGUAAAAUAAGCUAGGCACAAAAGGCCAUCUACUGUACAAAUCCACUUAUAUAAAAUGUCCAGGACGGGCAAAUCCACAGAGACAGAAAGUAGAUUGGUGUUUUCCAGGGGGUGGGGAAAAGGAGUGAUUGCUGAGGAGUGCGGGGAUCCUUUUGGGGACGUGCAGUGUUCUGUAUUUGGCAGUGGUGAAGGCUGGACAGACUUGGGAAUAGAUAAAAAUCGCUGAAUUCUACGCAUUAAAAGGUACAUUUUAUGGUGCAUGAAUUAUAUUCAAGAAAUAAUACUGCAUUAAAAUGUUCUAGCUUACUCUAAGUAUACGCACAUGAUAAAGCUGGCAUCGCUCUCUGAGCCUGGUGAUACUCACCUAACCUGCUAGCCUAGUAAAUCCUGCAGAGUACAAAUCUUAUUUGUACGUUAACCCAGUUUUAGUGCUUACUGCUUUUCUUUUAAAUAUAGUUUUUAAAAGUUAAAAAAAAAUUUAAUGCAGGACAUAAAACAAGACCUGAAUAAAUGGAGAACUGUACCACGUUCCCUGAUAGAGAGAUUUAAUAUAAAAUCCUUACAAAGUUAAUAAAUAAACUGAAAAGCACCAAAUAUAUAUGGUAUGUACAAGUUCCAAUUUCUAAACUUAUAUAUUUACAUGUUAUAUUCAUCAAUUCCCAUUCUUACAAAGUUAACAUAUAAAUUUUUUUUUUUUUUUUUUUGCGGUACGUGGACCUCUCACCGUUGUGGCCUCUCCCGUUGCGGAGCACAGGCUCCGGACGUGCAGGCUCAGCGGCCAUGGCUCACGGGCCCAGCCGCUCCACGGCAUGUGGGAACUUCCCGGACCGGGGCACGAACCCGUGUCCCCUGCAUCGGCAGGCGGACUCUCAACCACUGCGCCACCAGGGAAGCCCAACAUAUAAAUUUAAUGUAGUUGCAGUCAGAAACUCAAUAGAUUAUCUCUGGACUUGGAUAAAAUUAUUUUUGAAAAUAUAUUAGAAGAGGAGAUGUCCAAGAACAGCCAAACUAUACACAUUAAAAACAAUGCAGAUAUGGGACCUGCCUUUCUAUACAUUAAAACUUAUAAACCCAUGGCAACCAAAACAGUAUGAUACAAGCAAAGGAGUACACAGAUGUUGGACAGAAGAGAAAAUCCAGAAACAGAUCCAUAUUAUAUGAGAGCUACUGUACAGUAGAGGGGGCAUUUUAACUCAGUGGAGAAACAUUGAAUAAAUUGUUUCAGGAUGGCUGGUCAGGCAUUUGUAAGAAGACAAAGACUCCAUACUUUAUACCAAGUACAGAAACACACUGUACAUGCAUUACAGAUUUAUACAUAAAAAUCAAAACAAUUAAAAUAUUGUUUAAGAAACUUGGGAGACUCUAAAUGCAUAUAUACCUUGGAAUGGGGCAGCCCUUACAAAGCCAGGCUGGAAACUCACAAAAGGAGUAAAGGAAAAAAACAGAUAUUUCACAGGUUUCUGAAAUUAACAGGUAUCACAGAUGUGUUAAUAGCCCAAAUAUAUAAAGAUUGAUAAGAAAACAUCCCAAAAGGAAAAUGGAUUAAGGAUGGAAAAUUCAUGAAAGAGGAAAUCUAAAUGGCCAUUAAACAGGAAAAACUAUUCAACCUCAGUAGUGGCUACAAAUUAAGGCAAAGAUGAAAAUCUAUUUUUCACUGAAGGUGGUGAUUGGAUUAAAGUAGGAGUUUUCCAGGGCAGAGGACAUGAAUAGGUCUGCCCCCUCUCUCCCUCUCAUUCUCUCUCUCUCUCACAAACACACACACACGAAAUAAAUGUGAAAAAAAUCCCACUACUAACUAAAGGAACACAGAUUAUAUGAAAAUGCCAUUUUCACUUAUCUAAUUUGCAAAGAUGUCUAUCAAUAGUAACGCCCAGUGUUCUGUAGGUGAGGGAAUGGACACAUAUAUGCUGCUGGGGCAAACAGAAGAUGGUGGAAUCUUCUGGAAAUCAGUACGUCAGAAAUCUUUAAAAUGUACAUAUCCCUGGACUCCACGUGCACUUAUCCUUGGGAAGUAGAAACUCGUACAGAGAUGCACAGACAGUUGUCUGAUGUGCAGCACUGAUCAGAGGGAGAACAGAAUCAAGCGGCUACAGCAAUGAUCUCCCGACUUCUGAGUUUUCAAUAAUGUAUACAUUCUAAGUGCACAUUAUAAAACAUACGGAAAAAAAAAUUUUAAUGGAUAAAUAGGAGUUCUAACGUUUUCUUCCCACCCAUAAUGGACCCUCUUGAGCACUUCCUGGAGGGAGCACACCGUACGCUGGAGACCACCCGACCAGCCUAUCGUGUAAAGUCAGUGAAUCCUGAGAAAAGUGAGCCAGUCAAACUGUGUGGAGGGACGGACAGAACAGGACAUUUAUGCUCUUGGGCCCACAGAGGUCGGGCAGCAGAAACGUGGUUCUGGUUUGAUCAGAGUGUUAAGGUCUUGGUCAAGUUUGAAUCCUACAGGCACCCCUGCCAGGGGCUCCCAUCCCUCGUGGACAGUAUUACCAGGAAAAUCUACAUGAAGUGUAGUCAACUUCAGUAAUUAAAAGCUGGACAACACGGGGUCUGACCCAGUGCCCCUGGGGGAAGGUCUUGAGGAGUUUGAGAGCGGUGAGGUCUUCAAGGGAAAGGAUCCCAGUGACCUACAGGGUUCAUCAGAGUCUAUGAGCGCGGAAUUGCUGAGGGUCGUUCCUCCCACCGACCUAGGUCUACUCCAUAUGAAUGAUCACGGUGGCAGCCUUGCUGCCUGAAAGGAAGCCACCAGGAACAGCAGAAACGUGCUCUCCUGGAAGCCAUCUGCCAGCCUGGGCCCCGACCAACGGCUGUGUCCCAGCGCCAGGGCUGCUCUCCCCGCCCGAGGGGAGCAACAGAGGGCGAACUAGGGGUCCACAGACCGUCCCCGAGCACCUCCUCAGUCACAAAAGCAGCACCGGUCCGUGACCCGGGCCUUAAAGGGGUGAGGGUUGAUUUCAGGAAAGAAAGAAUCCUGGGGGAAUCCCAGAGCUUGGAUUUCCACCCACCACAGCUAGUUGAACUUGUCUUUUGGAAGUUCCUGCCAUGUUUAGGACUGUUGCCUUCCUUUAGGAAUUCAGAAGAUGUACAACAAAGCUGUAACACAGAUGCCUUCAGAUUCCUCCACGGGGCAUGCGUGGGACUGUCACGUGAGAGGCAGCUUCCUGGCCGCGACCAAAAGGAAGCGACAGGUGCCAGGCUGCUAUCGACAGCAUCUAAUGUUCCAAGGCACAGUCUUAGCCAGAGCUCCUUCUAGCCAGCAUCACACUCUUGCCUUCUCUGAGCCCCAAGCAUGUGGGAAAAUACCAACAUCUAAGAUGACAGACAGCUCAGGAGGCUGAAGCCGGGAGUCUCCUGCCGGGGGCCCGCCCGGCGACCUCACUGCCGAGGGGUGCUUCCAGGAGGCUGGCUUAGAAAGUCACCAGAAGCUCAACAAGUAGCCAGGUAAAAUAUAACGUACCAGAGACAACAGCAUUCCUCCCCACCAGCAAUAACCAACUGCAAAGUGGAGAAGAGAUCCCGUUCACAAGGACGUCCAAAAACCAUAAGACAUCCAGGAAUAAACCUAACACAGGAUGCGCCAUCUACACGGCUGCCACAUGGAGAAGAGCAGGAAGCUUGACAGAGGAGCCGAGAGGAACAAAACCAACUGGUGAGAUGUCACACUUCCCCAGAGGAUAAAACUGAGUAUUGUAAAGAAGCCUGUCCCCUCCCCCCCCACAAUUAAUUUAUAAACUCAGCACGCUCUCAAUCAAUAUCCGAACAGGAUUUUAUAUGGUACUCGAUACACUAAUUCUAAAAUUCAUCUGGAAGACAAAAUAAUCAAAAAAGAAUAAUCAGGAAGAUUUAUUCUAUCAGGUUUCUUAAAGCACAUCAUUAAACUUUAGGGAUUUAAAAUGCUUUGGUAACUGUGGGACUAUAGAAAAAUAAAUUUUUUAAAAAAAAGUAGUGUCCAGAAACAAACUCAUCUAGAACAUAUAUUUUAAAUCAGUAAGGAAUGGAUGGAUUAGUCAGUGGAAGGGCCAAUGCAGUCAGUGGUUAUCCAUUUUGAGGGUGGGGAGCUGAACCCCAACCUCAUACUACAGACAAAAAUUAAAAAUGAAAACCACUCAGAAAAAAAAAAAUCCAGAUUAAAGAGCUAUAUGUUAAAACAAAACCAAAAAGGCACCAAAAAACUAUGAGAGCAGUAGAAGAAAAUCUAGUUUAUAAGCUCGAUAGGAAGGUAUUCCCAAACGAGAUAUAAAUCACAAAAGCCAGGAAGCAGAAAAGUCAGAAUGCCAUAAAGGAAAAAAGAAAAGAAAAGACUGAUAAAUUUGAGCGCUUCAAAAUCUAAAACCCGAAUAAACAGAGUUAGAACAGUGACAAACUGUAAAAGAAUGUUUGCAAAAUUCAUCACAGGAUUUAUAUCCUGAACAUACAAAGCACCAAAAAUUAAUUUUAAAAAUAGUAUCUGAAACACAUUAUUUACUAAUAUUUUUUAACAUGUGGAUGGAAAAAAAAAUAGCCCCCCCCCCGCAAAAAUGGGCAAAGGAUGUGAUCAAAGAACUUACAGGACAGGAAAUAAAAAUGGGUCCAAAAACAUAAAAGAUGCUCAAACUCAUGGUAAUCAGGAAAAUGGAAACAUAAAGAAAUGAAACUGUUUCACCCAACAGAUUGGUCACAAGUAAAAAGACUGAUAACAUCAGGUGUUGGUGAGGGCACUGCUAUUCACAGGGUUGAUGGACCUUUUAGGGGCUGGUAUAUACUUUCUGAGGGAAACUGAGCAUUUUUAAUGUUUAAAAUAUGCAUAUCUUCAACCUAGCAAUUCAUCUUCUAUAGCCUCAAAUAAUACACAUGUACAAAGAGGCCUGUAAAAGGAUGCUCACUGCCAACACUGAUUGUAAAGCAGAAACUGGAAACCCUAAUUUCCAUUAAAAAAAAAAAAAGUUAAGUAGA